AGAGAGAGAGAGAGAGAGAGAGAGAAACCGUGUGUGUUUAAACUCCGGACGUUUGCACAUUGAAAGACUUGCGCAAAGACGGAACGCAACACGAGAACACGGAGGGUGCAGUGAGAGUUAAAAAGAGAUUCCUGCUGUGUCUGCCUGCACGGUCGGCUACAAUGAGUGGCAAAUCGGCCCUCAACAAAGACGUCUUUAUUCCCAAUGAUGAAAGAAUGCUGGCAGCUGUGGUGGUGAAGAGGAGAACAAAGAAGAAGAUUCCGUUCUUGGCUACAGGAGGUCAGGGAGACUACACCACAUUCAUCUGCUUAUCAGUGACCAAUAAGAAACCAGCACAGGUUUUAAUCACUAAAGUCAAGCAGUUUCAUGGUUCGUCAUCUUUUGUUAGAAGAUCACAGUGGACUAUCGGCCAGCUGCGACAGGUCAACGGCAUUGACUCCAUCCGGGAUUGUCCAGAGUUUGACUUGACGUUUGUGAAUGGAUGUGACCAGUGGACAGCAGGUUCUGCUGGAGAAAAGUGCAUAUUUGUCCAGAUUCUCAAUCACACCUGCCAGAGGUACAUCCCCGACAGAAAACCAGAGUUUGUCAACUGCCACUCCAAAAUGCUGGGAGGUAACAGCGUCCUGAACAGUGCAGCAGACAGCGUUACCAGUGCAGUGCAUAAGGCUAGUCAGGCGCUGAAUGAGCGUGGCGAGAGACUGGGACGUGUGGAGGAGAAGACUGGCGAAAUGAUGAACAGUGCCCAGCAUUUUGCUGACACUGCACACAAGCUCGCCAUGAAGCACAAGUGUUAAGCCACCGCCAUUUCUUUGAAGGAUCUGGUUCUCUUUCAGUUGGCCCUGGCUCCGUCUCUGCUGUCAGAUACUCUUGAUGUGCAUGAAGGAUCAUAUGAAUAGAUGAGGACUUUGUGCAUCACACUGUGGGUUAUCAAAAUGGCUCUUGCCUCCAAGAAUUCCUCCUCUUCUACCCAUGGAUGGGAUUUUUGGUCAUUAAGCUGAAGUGUUGUUUCCUGUGUCCUCACCGUAUGACAGACCUUAUCAUUAUUAUAUUUUUAAAAUAUUCUAACAAGUUGUACAAUAGUUUAGGUUUCAAAGGCCUGCUGAUAUAUUUGAAAUAUAAUUUGACAUCGUUUUAACCUAAUAAGUGUUUGAUAAGUGCCAUUAUAUAAUAAUUUUAGUGUAUGAAAUUAGAUGUAUAUUUUUUUAAAUCUCAAACUCUGCUCUUUUCUACAUCAUUUUGUUUCCUACUUCAGAUAUCACCACAUAUAAAAACGAUAUUUAUAUUCAGAUACACUCAAAAGUUCUAAAAGUCAAAAUGUAAAUGUUACAAUUGGUAAAAGUUUAGUGUAUCUUGAAGAAGCUGAGGUAAGUGUAGAAAUAUCUCCAGAACGGCCUGAGAAAUCAAAAGCGAGAUCAGUGAGAUCAUACAGAUUCACAGGCUGCAUUAACACACAAUGAGAGCGCUGUGGGCCUCAACUGAACAUGUGGGAGAUGCAUGAACAAUGAAAGAAUGAGAGGAGAGGCGGUUAAUUGAUUCAUGCUGUUUACUGACAGAGCAAUGAGUCCGUGCGCACUGAAUAAAAACAUUAUCCAGCGAUGAUUGGUGGGGGGGGUGGGGUGGGCAAUAUUUAGCAAAAAUAAAGCAAUAUUUUUAUUUAUCAAGUUUUCCCUCUGUUUAUAGUUCAAAGCUCUCAUUACAGAUCUGGAGUCAGUCAGUGCUACUGUAAAAACGUGUACUCAUGCCACAAAUAUGCAAAAACAAAUGUUCAAUUUUUUUUUUUUUUUUUCCUUCUGGGGAAUAAUGUAAGUCUUUGAGAAUUGAGAAAGCAGCUAAUCUUUCUUUUCAUAACACUUUGUGUAACAUGAACACUAACAUAUGGCAAACAUAUUAGUGAAAGUUUUGUUAUUGGUGAAAGUUAACUAAAUUAAGGUUAUUAUGCUAUUCUGCUUACCACAGUUGUACAGAGCGGUUAUCUGAGUUACCAUAAACUUUGUCAGCUUGAACCAGUCUGGCCAUUCUCUGUUGACCUUUUCAUCAACAAAGUCUAGAGACUGUUGUGUGUGAAAAUCCCAGGAGAUCAGCAGUUACAGAAAUACUCAAACCAGCCCAUCUGACACCAACAAUCAUGCCACGCUCCAAAUCACUGAGAUCACAUUUUUCCCCAUUCUGAUAGUUGAUGUCAAAAUUUACUGAAGCUCCUGACCCGUAUAUGCAUGAUUUUAUGCACUGCACUGCUGCCACACGAUUGGCUGAUUAGAUAAUCGCAUGAAUUAGUAGGUGUACAGGUGUUCCUAAUAACAGGGUUGGGGAGUAAUGGAAUACAUGUAACGGGAUUACGUAUUUAAAAUACUAAAUAUAAGUAACUGUAUUCCACUACAGUUACAAUUUAAAUCAUUGGUAAAUAGAAUACAGUUACAUUCAAAAAGUAUUUUGAUUACUGAAGAGAUUACUUUGCAUUUUAUUGUCAUUUGUUUCAUUUAAUAUUUAGUCCUUUCAGAUGGAAAACAUUUAUCCGUAUAAAUGUUACGAUCCAAAGUGCAUUUGAACAGAGGUGAAACACUUUCUUAUGAUGUGUUACAUUCAUACGAGCAGACAGAGAAGUAAGUUUGAAGUAAGUUUGGAGCACAAGAAAUAGAAAUAAAGCUUGUGUAAAUUGUCAUCUUUACGCUAAGAUAAAAUUAUAUUUCUAGCCAUUUUACAUGCACGUUUCCAGGCACGGUCAUAUUUGUUUAUCAAGAAAAUUCAUGUUGGAUAAUAAUUUCUUUUUUUCUAGUAAGACCUUUUGAUAUUAGGGCAAAAAUCAUAUACUUGAUAAUAAUUUUUGUAUUGUUUUCCUGUAAAAAUAUCUAAAAAUCCUUAAAACAAGAUCAGUUUGAUUGAUCUUGUUUAAGAAACAACACUGCAUAAGAUAUUUCGGUUUUUCAGAGAAUGUAUUUUUAACAUGUGUAUUUUGUCUUACUGUACUGGCAGAGUUUUUAUAGUCAAAACAAGUGAAAAAAUCUACCAGUGCUGAAGAAGUAAUCCAAAGUAUUUAGAAUACGUUACUGACCUUGAGUAAUCUAACGGAAUAUGUUACAAAUUACAUUUCACAGCAUGUAUUCUGUAAUCUGUAGUGGAAAACAUUUCAAAAGUAACCCUCACAACCCUGCCUUAUAAAGUGCUCAGUGAGUGUAAUUUGGUAGUGUAUGAUUCUCCAGUUACCAUCUGUGGUUUUAAAGAUUUUUGAAUAAAAUUUCCUUUCUUGAAGAACCUCUGACAAUAGUGUAUGGCUUACACAUCUGUAUUUAUUUUUUGAGAUAAAUCUAAUUUGAUUCGCUAAUUAAAAACAAGUGAUCUCGUUGCAUUAUAAAAUUCACAUAAAUGCCGUAGGUUCAAAAAAUCUGGACCAAUUCCCCUGGAAUGCUAUUGAGAACAGCGCUGACGUGUUAAUGAAGAUACUGAAGAGAGAUGUCUGUUUGCUGAUGUAAUGAUCAGAGAACAAUGAAAUUGUCAUAUGGAUCCCAGGCCUACACUCUGUGCUUCUAUAAUGAAAAACAAUACCUGCUUUAAAGAUGUUUAUAUGCUCAGAAAUGUGGUUGGAUCACUUCAAAGUAGCAAAAAUUACUUUCAAGUUUGUUUCAAAGUUGGAGCCUUUUAUUUAUAUACUGUAAUGUUUAACCUGUUUCAGGGUGUACAGUCCAAUGUGCCUGUGCUAUUGUGUUCUCAAUGGAAUAAUGGAUGAUAAUUAAAUACAUAAACACAA